UCAGUGUUGGACAUGGGCCACGAUGGUGCCAUUGUGACUCUAAAUAUAUCCAGACGGACUUUCCUCCCUAUUGGAGUGUGUCGCUACAACUUUGAGACAGUUACUUACUGUCAUACUUUUUAUGUAUGUAAUAAUGAUGAUUACUUAUGAAAUGGUCCUCGUUUACUUCUUGGUGCACGAGACACGACUCAUCCAGGCAUAUCCCUUUGUCUUUCUUUAGGUGAUCCCUUACAAGACACUGAGGACUGAGUACAAGCCCUUUGAAGCCAAACGACGGCUGCUYMGGAACUUUGACAUGUUUCUUUCAGACGACCGCAUUUGCCGCCUGCUGUCCUCGCACUUCUACGAGAGAAAGAAGGAGCCUUUGUCAUUGAACCAGCAGYGCAAGAAGCUGGCCUUGGACAUCCAGAGAACCAUCCAGGGAACAACAAUCUCCAUUUCUAAGAACGGCRGCUGCUGCAUGGCUUGUGUGGCCCACUCUGGGAUGGCUGCAGAUGAAAUAGCAGAGAAUAUUGAUUCAGCUGUCGGCACCAUCGUGACGAAACUACGGGUUAGGUGAGUUUGCUGCCAGGAUGUCUUCCUGAUCACCCUAAUCAAUUGUACCCCGUCAACACAGAUAUUUACACUUUUAUUACACGUUAAAUGGUCAGGUAUACUCAAAGUUUAUUAAUGCUAAAAAAAUGUGUGGGCCCAGUCUGAAAAUCGCCUUUGAUAUCUCUGUUGUCUGGGGUGAGAUUACAGGGCCUAUAGUACUGUGGUACGUUAAGCUUAUUGCCUGCUCUGUAUAGCAGUGUGAUUAAACCCAUGUGCCUACAAUCCUGACAAAGAAAGGCCUU